GCAGAAUGAUCGCAUUUCAACAUAUUCAUAGAAGGAGUGAAUUGCAUACAUCGAGCUCGGCACAAUGAUUCACUUGUAGUGUUUACCACGCUAUCACAACUUUCUCCAGUCCUCCAGGUUCCACCAGCUGUGCAUCGCCGAGGUAGUAGUCCGAAUCAAGCCUUGAAAGGGAAGAGAACGUUGGUUACUUUCCAAGAGUUGUUCCCCCAAUUGGCUGCUCUUAGGUCAUGCGGAACAUUGCCAACCCACAUCUGAACGGUCACGACAUUGUUCCCACCCACUGGGCCAAACUGGUAGAUCUGCUGGUUGUUAUGAGUCAACCACAUGUCGCCGUGGCCCGUCAUUGUGACGUUUCCGAAAUUCUGGAUGGAGACCGAGAGAACGGUGUUCCAACCUGCGGCUUGCUACGGUUGAAUCAGUGAGAGCAGACAUGUUUUUAAUUACUGUGACGAAGGCCAUAAAUUCGAACGCUCGCACCAGCUGGAAUGGGGAUGUAGUUUAC